GAAGAGCCUACAAAUCCCAUAGGACAACGCACACACGGCAGAAGGGACUGGGAGGUGGAGCGACGCGUGCGGAAUCCUGGGAGUUGUAGUUAGCUGACGAGCCUUCUGAGCCUUGAAUGGAGCUUUGCGCAGGAGCAGUGAACUGCCCAAGCACUUCUCCAUGGCAGACUCUGAGGACGCGCGGGUUUCUUCGCAGCCACCGCCGCCUCCCUUCUCUCCCUCGUCUUCAGAUGCCUCUUCAGCAUCUUCCCCCGGCGUCCCAGUGAGUUUGGACUGGCCAUUUCCAAGCAGGAAUAGUGGCCGAACGGUGGACCCUCUGGAGGAGGUGGAGCUGCAGAUCGGAGACGCAGCAUUUUCAUUAUCCAAACUUCUUGAAGCCACAUCUGCAGUAUCAGCUCAAGUGGAAGAACUUGCCUUCAAAUGUACAGAAAAUGCACGUUUCCUUAAAACAUGGAGGGACCUCUUAAAAGAAGGCUAUGAUUCUUUGAAGCCUGACAACUGAUUUGACAACUCGUACUUUCUCAUUUAUAUUUGCACAUGUACCAUAUGUAUAGGAAAAUCUCCAGUAGUUCUGUAUAAAAAUUUCAAAUGAAAAAUUUCAAAAUGAAAAUUUUCUUGGUUUUCAUCACUUGUGUGAAAGCAGAAUACUGAUAUUAUUUUUGAUGCUGGCUGAUAUUUGUUUAUCUUAAAUACUUUCUGUCUUCUAAACUUUUAUAGAAUCCUUUAUGAAUGUUAAUUUCAUCAGUAGAUAAUACGAUAGUGUUAUCAGUAGCAAACCCUAUAGACCAUUAUUCUAUUCAAUUUGCAAGAAGAUGCCAAACAUGGCAGAGUUUGAAGUUGAGCUUCAUUUUAUGGACCAAAGAAGGUGACUUUAAGGGUAGCAGUGUUAGAUCCAGGUUCAUUAGGCUAAAUUCCCUAGAACCAAUCAUUGUAUCUUAUUUACUUCCAUAUCCCCAGCACCUAGAACAGUGUCACACCACAAUCACUAAAAGUUUGUUAAAUAAAAGAGUUGACAACAUAAUUAAAAUCUAUUUUUUCUUCCUGUUUUUAACAUGAAGAUAAUUGUUUCUUUAAAAAUAUUUAAAUCAGAACCUCAUUGACCUGAAGGAAAAAAAUUUUUUUUAACGGGGAUUUGAACUUUAACUGAUGACAGCUUUUUAAAAUAUGUGAUAAAUAUUUUUUGUCCUAUGAGGCUUUUUUAAAAAAAGCUUUUACUUUAGAAAAUAAAAGCAUGUCUGGAAAGAAUGCAUAUUUUCCCUAUUUAUUUCUAAGGUUAACUGCUUCUCCAGAUAAUAUUUCUUGCAUUCAAUGUUGUUAUAUCUUUGAUUGUUCCCUUUAAAGUGCUUUAUCACAGUUAUGGCUCUGUACUACUGGGGUUUUAUAAGUAAUCUAAAUUCUAAAUAUAUUUCUAAAGAAAUUAUUUAGUUUUUAAUGUAUCAAAUUUAAAUGCUGUGAUUGUUUUGAUAUUAUGUGACCUUAUUGACUAUGUUCAAUUAUACUUUUCCUAUAUCUUAUGUUGCUUUUUGUGUGUGUGUGUGUUGUGGGAGUAGGCGGGGGUGGUUUAUGUCAUGUGUCAACGAUUAAGCCAACUAAUCUUAUACUAUUUAACUCUGGGCAUUUUUGAUAUGUCAUCUUAAUUCUUUGUAGAUAUGGAGAUGUGUACAGAACUAUAUCUAAAGCUCCACAAUGGAGCUAUGAAAGGGGACAAAUGGAUGGGCAAAGAAUAAUUUUGUUUAGCAUAUUAGGUCAUAGUUCUUGAUUAAAUUUUUAAGUUAAAGAUAAUACAUAUGGUAUGUUCCUGUAAUAAAGAGAUGCAUGUUUUGACAUUAGAAAAAUAUUUUACAUGUAAUUUUUUAAAAGGUACAAUUUUUAAAAUGUACGAAAAUAAACUCGUUGAAAGCAAA